AUGCCGAAGCUGAUAGCAGCAGAGCUUCUUCGAGAGUAUGAACGGGACGAUUCAUCGACGUCUGAAUCCAUCAAAGAAACCAUUAAAAGCAGCUAUAAUAAACAGUCUCACAUACUUACAGACACUUUGAAUAGAAGAAAAAGAUGGGAUGUGACUCCCGAAGAGAGAGAACAAUUGCUCAAAGCUGAAGCUGAGCAAGCAGCUCUUGAGAAAUCUACGGAACCAGCCAAACAGUUCUACGAACCGCUCGGUGAUAAUGAAGAAAACAAGAAGCAAAUUGAGCAGAGCAUAGUGGUGGCCCCAGAAAUCAAAGGAUUGGAGUUCUAUAACAACACAGAUGAUAAGUAUUUCGGAGACCUCAAGGUCCUCCAGCAGAAGAAGAUUCUCACGGGAGACGAAAAAAUUGACGUCAAGGUGAUGGAAUUGCUUCUCAAAGUGAAAAAUGGCAAUCAAGCCGUCAGAAAAAGAUCUUUAAGAGCAUUAACAGACCAGCUGAAGACUUUAGGACCCAGUACCUUAUUCAAACGGAUUCUUCCCUUGCUUAUUGAUGACACCAUAUCUGAUCAGGAACGUCAUAUUUUGGUUAAACUCAUAGGAAGGAUCCUCUUUAAACUCGACGAAUUGAUUAAACCUCACACCCAUCAAAUCUUGGUAGCAGUGUCUCCUUUACUCAUUGACGAGGACCAGACGCUAAGAUUAGAAGCUCGUGAGAUUAUCUCCAACUUGGCCAAGGCUGCAGGUCUUGCAACCAUUCUCUCGGCCUUGAGACCCGAUCUAAGCAGCAAUGACGAAUAUGUCCGGAAUAUUGCUUCCAGGAUAUUAGCAGUGGUAGCCAACUCUUUAGGAUUGGCUAACGUUCUUCCGUUCUUGAAGGCAGUGAUAAAGUCAAAGAAGAGCUGGCAGACUCGACAUACGGGAAUCAAAAUUGUGCAACAACUUUGUCUUCAGUUAGGAGCAGGUAAUGGAACUUCAAUAUUACCAUACUUGCAACAGCUAGUUGAACUUUUGAGUGCUACGCUUUCAGAUGAGAUGCUUCAAAUAAGGUCAAUCAGUGCCAUAGCAGUGUCCCAACUUGCUGAAACGGUGGCUCCGUAUGGAAUCGAGUAUUUCGAGCCUGUUCUAGAGCCUGUGUGGGCAGGCAUUAAAAGGCAUAGAGGAAGGGCAUUAUCGACAUUCUUGAAAUGUCUUGGAUCGAUCAUCCCGUUGAUGGCACACGAUGCAAACUACGAAGAAUACUCCAACUAUUAUACCAGAGAAAUAAUAGCAGUGAUAUCUAGGGAAUUCAGUUCUCAAGAUGAUGAAAUGAAGUCUUCCAUCUUAAAAAUCUUACAAAAACUCCCAUUAUCUCGCCAAUUGAUCAGAGACUAUGAAAAACAGUUGUACCUUCCUUUCAUUCGGUACUAUUGGAAUAGAAGAACUGCUGCCGAUAUGAAACUCAUGUACCGUUUGGUGGUGAAUGCAAGUACUGAGCUUGCUCUCAAGCUUGACUAUUUGUUGAUGGUGGAGAGACUAAUUCUUUAUACCAAGGAUGAAAAUGAACAACUCCGUAAAAUGGCAGUUGAGAGCAUAGCGAAAAUCAUAUCCGCCAAGCCCGAGGAGUUGAUCGGUCUGGACCAGAAGUUUGAAGAGCAGUUGGUUGAUGGUGUGUUGUAUGCUUUUCAAGAGCAAACAACAUUUAAUAAGGUGUAUUUGAAUGGAUUAGCAACUGUUUGCAACGCUUUGGGAAUGAGACUAAGGCCUCACAUCAACUCUAUUCUUAGUACGGUUCUUUAUCAAAUUAAGAAUAAGUCUCCUGAUGUGAGAAAACAAGCAUCUCUUUUGAUAGGGGCAAUUGCCCCAGUUGUGAAACUUUGCACCGAAGGAGAAAGUGAAACGCUUCAGAAGUUGAUUUUGAUUCUUUACGAAUCUCUAGGUGAGGUUUUCCCAGAUGUUUUAGCGGGUAUUUUGUCUGCUUUAAAUGCCUGCCUUGAUUCAUUUGAUGCAGAUGAUCUUGUGACGUUAUCCAAUCCCUCAAUUCCCCAACUCCUACCAUCCUUAUCGCCGAUUCUUAAAAACAGACAAGAGAAGGUUCAGGAAUCAUGUAUUCUGGUAGUGGGUUUGAUUGCCAGAAAAAGUGCUGAAGUAAUCAACGUAAGGGAAUGGAUGAGGAUAUGUUUUGACCUAUUGGAUGCUUUAAAGAGUCCUGUGAAAAGAAUCAGAGUUGCGGCCAACAGAACUUUUGGAGAAAUCGCCCGAACUGUAGGACCUCAAGAUGUACUCACAAUGCUACUCAACAACUUAAGAGUCCAACAAAGACAAUUGAGAGUUUGUACGGCUGUUGCCAUAGGUAUUGUUGCGGAGGUUUGUUCGCCCUUUACAGUCAUUCCUGCGAUCAUGAACGAAUACAGAACUCCAGACAACAAUGUCCAAAAUGGUAUUUUGAAGGCAAUGACUUUCCUUUUCGAGUACAUUGAUGGAAACUUGACCAAGGAUUACUUGUAUGCCAUUACUCCGUUGUUGCAAGAUGCAUUAACAGAUAGAGAUCAAGUCCAUAGACAGACUGCUGCUACUGUAGUCAAACACAUCACCCUAAAUUGUGAAGGCUGUGUCACUGAUGCCCAGAUAGAUGUCUUUGUUCAUUUCAUGGAUCUCUUGAUGCCCAACAUCUUCGAGACUUCCCCCCAUGUCAUCAAUAGGAUUUUAGAAGCCAUUGACUCCCUCAAGAAUAUUAUUGGCUACGGAAGGUAUAUGAACUAUAUCUGGGCUGGGCUUUUCCACCCGGCGAGAAAGGUGAGAGCAUCCUACUGGAAGCUCUAUAACUUGGCUUACGUUCAGCUGGCUGAUGCCAUGGUUCCUUACUACCCCAAGCUUCAUGAUAUCGAUGAUGUUGGUUCAAGCUACGCUGUUGAGGAAUUUGACUUGUUCAUUUGAUAUUAAAUGCAGGGGGAUAGGAAUGAGGUGAUGGAGAAGACGAAGGAGCAUAAAUUUCUUCGUAGUUAUAUUCUAAUCCAGAAAUGUCAUUGAACUGGUUCGACCUCCAUUCCAUAGUUCUUUUAUAGUUAAGAAAUGCAUUCCCAUCACAAACAG